AUGAAAGGCUUCUUGAUCUCCAGGUGCUGCUUCCCCGUCUUCAAAGCCAAGCCUGGCAAAGCCAAGAGGGUCAGGACCAUCUUCACCAGUGACCAGCUGGCCCGGCUGGAGAAGGAAUUCUCACGGCAGCAGUACCUGGUGGGCACGGAGAGGGGCCUGCUCGCCUCCUCCCUGCACCUCACCGAGGAGCAGGUGAAAGUCUGGUUCCAAAACCGCAGGAUCAAGUGGAGGAAACAAAGCCUGGAGCAGCAACAAGCCAAGCUGGCCAAAAUGGGUGGCCACCCCACAGGGCAGCCCUGA